AUGAAAAAACCAUCAACUUCAAGUUUGCAUCAAUCAAACCAAAGGAAGAAAAAUAUUGGCACAAAUAGACACAAUCCUAAGAAUAAUGAUUAUGGUACCAUGACAAAUUUCAAGUAUGUUGUUAAGAAAAUUUCAGGUCUUUUCACAUUGAUUCUCUCUGGGAAAUCAAAAACAUCCUCAGAAGCUGUUGAACAUGAUUCUGCAAGGAAUAAUAAUAAAGUCAGAGGAGUAUCAUCUUCAACAGAUGUAUCAUUUGAGGGUUCUAAGAGUUCAUCAAAGUGGAAAUCUUCUCAUCCCUCAACACCAACUAGGAUUUCAAGUAAUCAAAUUGGAGUUGGAAAUUUUUCAUUUGAGGAACUUUAUAAGGCAACAGGAAAAUUUUCUCAGGAUAAUAAGAUUGGAGAAGGGGCGUUUGGAAUUGUGUAUAAGGGAAAGCUUUAUGAUGGAACACUUGUGGCGGUAAAGUGUGCUAGGAAGGAUGUACAAAAGAAGCACUUGGCUGAGUUCAAGAAUGAGAUAAACACGUUAUCAAAAAUUGAGCAUCUGAAUCUUGUGAAAUGGCAUGGAUAUUUGGAGCAUGGAGAUGAAAAGAUUAUUGUUAUUGAAUAUGUUAAUAAUGGAACUCUUAGGGAACAUCUAGAUGGUAUGAGAGGAAAUGGACUAGAAAUUGGUGAGCGUUUGGAUGUAGCAAUUGAUGUAGCUCAUGCAGUUACAUACCUUCAUAUGUACACAGAUCAUCCAAUCAUUCAUAGAGAUAUAAAAGCAUCAAAUAUCUUAAUAACAGACAGUUUAAGGGCCAAAGUAGCAGAUUUUGGUUUUGCUAGGUUGGCUUCAGAGGACCCUAAUGCAACUCAUAUUUCGACUCAAGUUAAAGGAACAGCCGGUUAUUUAGAUCCUGAUUACAUGAGAACAAGGCAACUCUCUGAAAAGAGUGAUGUUUAUUCAUUUGGUGUGUUACUUGUUGAAAUGAUGACAGGAAGAUAUCCAGUUGAACCAAAGAAACCCCUCGAUGAAAGAGUUACAAUUAAAUGGGCAAUGCAGUUAUUAAAACGAGGAGAAGAAGUGAUUGCAAUGGAUCCAAGGCUUAGGAGAAGUUCAGCCUCAAACAAAGCUGUACAAAAGGUUCUCAAGCUUGCAUUCCAAUGCCUUGCGCCUGUACGAAAAUCGCGGCCAUCGAUGCAGAAUUGUGCAGAGGUUCUAUGGGACAUCCGAAAAGAAUUCAGAGAGAAAGUGUUUUCUCGUCCUCCCCCUGCUUCUCAUCAUUCAGCAGAUUUUCCUCAGAAAGAUUCGAGAAAGAAUAGACGAAAGACAUUCGGUAUUGAAGAUGACAAGAAAUAUAAAUUUGUGUCUGCAUAA